AUGUGGAUUGUGUUCUUGCCGAUGCCCGUGCUGGUGAGGUUGAAGUUGCCACGGCGGCAUAAGGUUGCUGUUGUGUUGGUUUUUGGAUUGGGCAUUUUCGUCUGCAUAGUAAGCGUCGUCCGCAUCCCCGCCCUCGCCAAACUCGCCUCCCACAACGAUGUCACGCGCUACAACUCCCUUGCGGCAAUAUGGUCCUCCAUUGAAGCAAAUGUCGCCAUCAUAUGCUCUAGCCUCCCGCCUCUCCGUCCCCUAAUUGUGCGUCUCCUCCCGUCGUCUCUGCGUAUCUCCAGCGCAUCUGAUCAGGAACGGCCUGUCGUUCGUCCAUAUUUAUCUUUCGUGGGGAAUAAUAAUUUCUUGCAUUUUGGGGAUGGAUGUGCGGGGUAUGAGGCUAGUGUUACUGCGGCGGAGAGACGGACUGGUGUGCAGCAUCGCGAGUCAAGCUUGGAGGCGAGUUUGGAGAUGAGUCGUGAGCAGAGUCGGGAAGGGCAAAGGCAGAAGGAGGACCGGGUGGGUUCUGCUACUCCCGGUGAUGCGUAUAGUGGGAUUCAGGUGGUGAAGGAAUUACGGUUGGAUUCGGAUUUGAGGCGUUCUAAGCAGGGAGUGUAA